AUGGCAUCAAGAUCAAGAAGUAAACCAAAGUCUAUCGGUAGAUGGAAGGUUAUAUUUUCAAAGUAAGUUAAACGUUUAGAAACAUUCAAAACUCCUAAUAAUGUUUUCAGUGAUGUACAGAACAGCAAUGAAACAGCGCCUUCUUCAAAACCACUCGAUUCUUCAUCAACACCACCUUCAGGUCAAUUGAAAUCAAAAAGCCGAAGAAGUGAAAUGAAAAAGAAAUUACUUGAUGGAGGAAGCAAAUCAAAAGAAGAAAUUAAAGAUAAUGAGAAGGUUAAAUCGGACAAUGAAAGAUCAAUUGAAGAAAAAAAGGAAAAGAAAGAAGAAGGUGAAGCAAGUAUUUUUGAAGAAGUCAAAGGACCAGCUCAACCAGCACAAGCUCAAACUCAUGGAGUCAAAAACAAAAUGAGAUGGAAAAUUGAUGUUGAACCUGUUGGUAAGUUAUAAUAAAUUGAUAGUAACAAAAAUAUGUUUAUACUUUAAUUUUCAAAACUUCAAAAUUAGUUUGUGAAUAGAUGGAUGUUGUAAACAUGUUGACAUUCCCUGAAAAAAAUCAAUUUUGAUCUGGUAUAUUUAUAGUUAUUUUACAUUGGAUCACAUUUCAGAGGAAUUGUUAUAUCACUUUCAUUUUCAUCAGGAUAACAUGAGUGUAUAAUUCGCACUCUUAAAUUUUCAAAAGUGUUUUUUGAUGUUCCCUGAGCUGUUAAAUUCAUGCUCAUCUGAUUUAUUUCGAAAGUUCCAGUUGCAUUUGUUAUUUCAUUUCCAUUCAAAAAUUUGAGAGAAACAACAACAGUUCGAUUUUCGGUAUAUUUGCAUAAAACAUUGAUUGUUGCAUUGAAUAAGUAUGCUGUAAUUUCAAAAUUAUUUAAAAAUAAACAAAAAUUAUUUUCGCUAGAAAUGUUUACCCACAUUUUUCAUUUAUAUCUGAAGGUGGAGUUUGUUCAGGUUCUUUAUUAGGAUUAGGAUUAGAAAUCGAAAAAGAAAAUGAAAUUAAAAAUAGGAUGAAAGUUAAGUGAAAAAACAUUUGUUCAACAAGUUUUGUUAUUUAUCGAUAAUAAAAAUUUGAAAAUGUAUUGAAUUCUUUGUAUCAAUUCAUUUCCAUUGUUCUUUUCAUUUUCAGAUGUAAAUGGUUCACAAAAAAUCGAAGAAAUUUGUGAGAAAGCGAAGAAAUUGCGUCGACGAGCGAGACAAAAAUCGAAGAAUAAAUUAAAAGGAACCAACAAAAGUGGGGAUUUAUCACAAGAAGAUGAAAUCAAUGUUGAAGAUAUAUUCCUUUGCGCAAAAAUUCUUCAAUUGAUCAAAAUGCAAAAAUUGAUUGAGAAGGAAUUGAAAGAAUCAGAGCAGGAAAUAUUGAAAAACUAUUGUAGAUCAGGAUCGGAUGAAGAUAAAGCUGAACCAAUUAUUGACAAAUUAUCAUUGGUUAUUUUGAGUUCAAUUGUCAGUAAAAAUGAUAAUUGUAGAGUUCCAACUGUUCCUGGACAAUUGAGAAUGUAUGCUGUUGAUGAAAAAAUGGUAGGAAUUUGAAGAAAAAAAUCACAGUUUUUAAAUUUUAUAAAUUUUACAGGCGAAAUUUCCAAUGAUUGCACUUAUGAUUGUUCGCAAAGACAUGUUAUAUGUUUCCUGGUCGAAAUCUGGUGAAAUUGGAGAUGCAACAUCGGUUAGUUUAUUUUCUCAUAGAAAAAUAAAAAUAAUAUCAAGGGAUUUUUAGGAUCCAACUUGGUCGAGUAUGACUGCUAAAAGAAACUAG